UAUUAUUAUAAAUCAUAAAGAAUUUGUGUUACACUUCAAAUGUAAUGAUACAAGUUUCUUCAAACAUGUUUAAGUUCCAUUAUUUUCCACCAAGCAGUAUUAAAAAGAGAAGUGUUAGUGACAAGACAGUUUUACAAUCAUUAUGAAUUAUCACAGUAAUAGUAAAACUUUACAAAAUAGAAAGUAAGCAAAGUAGCAAGAUGGGAACACGUAAAAGUAUAGCGAAUGUGUUGCUGGAGGGACCGGCACAUUCGACUCCGGUAUCUUCAUCGCCACUGCGACGGAAAUCAAUUUUUAUACAAAAAUCGGGUCUCCCUUCACGUUUAUCAGAAAAUGACGAUGAAGCAGAACGUUUGGCUCGUCGCCGUGAAAUUAAUUCUUUUUCAACGCCAGUUUCUAUUACGAACAAUAAUGACAGAAGACGUUCUUUGGGCCUUAGUUUCUUGGUAAACAUGCCAAGUCAACAAAUGUCAGAGCGUAUAUCUCAGUGUAUAAAACUUGGUACAGAAAACAAGAUCAAUCCUAAAAAUGCAUUCAGUUUAGAGAUGAUUGACUUCAUGACAUACAUGAUCAAGAAGCAAGAUGCCAACAUGUCUAAUUUACAAGUAGCCAGUACAUCUUUGGAUGUAAGUACCAAAAUUUAUGGAUUUCGCGUUGAUGGUGUACAUAUGGAAUUAUUGAAAAUGAUGGGUGGACUAGACAAAAACAAUGAAAUUCCAGGGGGUAAUGAUACAGAACCAAUGGACAGCCAAGAAAGAAACGAAGUUGGUCAAGUACAAGAACAGCUGAAGAAAAAGAAAAAGAAAAAGAAAAAUAAACAGAGAAUAUUUACCACAGUAGAAGCUAUAAGAAUAAAAGUUGAAACUGAGAAACCUUCUUUGAUAACUAUGGAAGCAGAUUUGCAAACUACAGACAUGUUGUACCAAGCGAUGUUGCCAAACCAUGCAAACUCAAAGUUUUAUCUGCACCCAUACAAUGAUAUUCUGGUGGAUACAGUGGAACAUACAGAGACACAAGAUAAUGAUGUGGGUUGUGGUAUUCCAAACAUAGAAGACUUUUCAAACAUGCAAAUCUGUCCACCUAUGUUUUAUUUUGAUUUUCAAAGUUGGAAUGCAGAUGAAGAACCAGUGGAGAUUGAACCAGAAAGAACUAAUGAAAACAGAUUUCAAUUUGAUCUUGAUGCAUCCUUGCCUCACGACAAUGAACUUUUGCACACUGGUAUGAAUUAUUUAGAUCUUGAAGAUAACGAUAAGGAAAAUGUAGACAGAUGUGCUAAAGUACCUAAUAACGUAGAAAACAUUGUAGAUUUUCGUGACGUUUUAACUACCACUGUGCCAUCUAAAGUGUCGGAAUAUUCGUUUAUUCAGAAAAGCUUAAAUAUACAUUGGGCAGGCCCAUCUCAUUGGAAAGUUACUAACUUCAAAAAAAUGUUAGGUAACAGUAAAAUGGUUGAAAUGUGUCGUCAAGGACCAGGUAGGAAAAAAAAGGAAAUAGAACUGUGUUUUGAUGAUAAAACAGUUGAAAGCGUGGAAGGUAAAUUUAUGCAUAGUCGGUGUACCACACUACAUGCUAAAACUGCUAAAAUGGAAUGGAAUGAGGAAAUAUUAACAUUACCACCAGAUAUGCAUUAUGAUAUUAUGCAAGGUAAUAAACUGUAUUUUCAAUCAAUUACAAUUAAACAAUCUGAAAACACAGAUGAAAUGGACACAACUCAUUUGUCUGACAAUAUAGAAUAUUAUAAUUAUGAAAAUGAACAUGACACGUCAAGGUAUCGUCCUGAAACAAAUGAUCCAACAUGUGACAGAUCUGAAGGAAAUUGUGCAAUUGAUAAUGGUACUAGAUCUGAAGAGGAAUGUGUGCCACCAUCACAAGCUUAUACUGGAGACAAUUUAGUUGCCUUACCCAGACUGAUAAAUAAGUCAACUAUUCCAUACUGCGUACGUGCAAAGAAAAUUGACAUGAGACAGUUGAAAAAAGUCAUUUGGACAUGUUUAACUACAGAUAGUGAGAAAGAUGUAAAUUUACACACAGAUGUAGAAAAAAAUCAACAAGAUGCAAGUAGUAAAAUGAACAGUAAUAAGAAAUUCACUGAAAUUUAUAAAAAGCUCCCAAAUUUAUUAACGAAAAAUACUGCAAACUCGUUAAGUUUUCCGAUUUCCUUUGUGUCUCUAUUACAUUUAGUAAAUGAAAAAGCAUUGAAACUAACUGCUUCUCCUGACAUGACAGACCUUAUUGUAGAGCAAGAUUGACUGUUCAAUUAAGAAAAGUACAAAGCGCUUGUACAUUA